CGUUGGGAAGUGUCCUCAGCGGCCGCGGGGGUUCAAACGGACGGCGCCGAUCGCAUCACGCGCCGACGGCGCCGUAUAAGGCGACCUCGCCUGGCUACGUGCACCCGAGUCUUUGUGUGAUCCCGCCGCGCAGCAACGGAAGGGGAAAAACCAGCCAAGAAGCUUUGGGGGAUUCUCAGAGGAGCAGCUGCGGAGAAGAAGAGGAGGGGGGCAUGGCUGAGCACAAGGAGGAACCUGUGACGGAGUCGAUGAUGGACAAGAUCUCCGAGAAGUUCCACGGCGGGGACUCCUCCUCGUCGUCGGACUCGGACGAUGAGAAGAAGAAGGGGUCCUCGUCGUCGUCGUCGGCGGCGGCGGCCAUGAAGGCCAAGAUCUACCGCCUCUUCGGCCGCGAGAGGCCCGUCCACUCCGUCCUCGGCGGCGGCAAACCUGCUGAUCUCGUCCUAUGGAGGAACAAGAAGAUCUCCGGCGGGGUCCUCGCCGGCGCCACGGCCAUCUGGCUCCUGUUCGAGGUCAUGGAGUACCAUCUUCUCACCUUGGUGUGCCACUGCCUCAUCCUUUCCCUUGCCGUCCUCUUCCUGUGGUCCAAUGCCUCCACUUUCAUCAACAAGUCUCCACCAAACAUUCCUGAGGUGAAAAUUCCGGAGGAUGCGGCUGUUAACGUUGCACUCUCACUGAGAUAUGAGAUCAACAGGGGCUUUGCUACCUUGAGGGAGAUUGGACAUGGCCGUGAUCUAAAGAAGUUCCUGAUUGUUAUCGCUGGUCUGUGGCUUCUUUCAGUUCUUGGUAGCUGCUGCAACUUUCUGACAUUGUUCUAUAUAGUCUUCGUGGUGCUCUAUACCGUGCCAGUUCUGUAUGAGAAGUAUGAGGACAAGGUUGAUGCUUUUGGUGAGAAGGCCAUGAUUGAACUAAAGAAGUAUUAUGCCAUCUUCGAUGAGAAGUGCCUAUCGAAGAUUCCAAAGGGUCCUCUGAAAGAUAAGAAACACUAGAUUGGUAGUAAGGUACUUGUAUGGAAGUGGAAUCAGCAUCUAUGUUAAUCACAACUUGUUACCUUUGAUUUUGAAGGUUGGUUUGUGUCCUUAUGUCUCUAGUUGAUGGUACAUAUCCAUAUGGGCAACUCUAGUGUGACUGGUAGUCGUGAUCUGCUGAAAGUUGUUGAUGUUGUUUUUGGUUUCAACUUUCAGCAUAGUUGCUCUAUCUGGAAGCUUGAAAUAUAUUAUGCUAUUUAUCAAUAUCCAAGUGAACUUUGUGGUACAA